AUGACAAAAAAUAGUUGGCCUUAAACACGCACACUUUGAACCAAAGUGGUUUUAGUUAUUAACACAAUAUCUCGUUGACUAAUCGAAACUCGUAAAAACUAUAAAUAAAGAAGACCAUGUAGAAGAGACGAACAAAUGUCUGAAAUGGAACACAAAGAAACAAAGCCACCUCGAAAACAAUUGAGGCAGCCUCCUUCUGUUCCUUUCAUAUGGGAAGAGAGGCCUGGCUACCCCAAGAAGAAUUGGCAACCUUCAUUAGCCACCUUCGUGCCUUCUCCUCCUCCGCUUCCCCCACCUGUCCCAGUCCCGGUUAAGCUGGUCACAUCGGUUCCUUUCCGUUGGGAAGAAACGCCUGGAAAACCUCUCCCUGCUUCUUUAAACGACGCACCUCAGCUUCCACAUCCACCAUUGGAAACCGCUACGACGACUCCAUUACCGCCUCCAGUUCCUGUUCCGGUUAAGCUGGUUACUUCGGUUCCGUUCGACUGGGAAGAAACGCCUGGAAAACCUCUCCCUGAUUCCUCAAAUGACCCACCCCAGCUUCCACAUCCACCAUCAGAAACCACUACGACAACUCCAUUACCGCCUCCAGUUCCAGUUCCGGUUAAGCUGGUUACUUCAGUUCCGUUCGAUUGGGAAGAAACGCCUGGACAACCAUACCCUUGUUUUGUAUCUUUUGUUGAUUUCAAUCCACCUGAGCCGUUGGAUCAACCGCUGCCACCUCCUCCCAUGUACGGUGAGGUUGAAACCAGCAGUGAUAUCUUUGAUGACGCAAGCAGUGAUUCCUUCAGCUCUGUGCCGUCUCUAUUAGAGACAAACUGCUCGGUUUCGAUAUCCGGUACUGUGGUGGCAAUGGAUGAAUUUGAUGACAAUCUGAAAAGAGAGACUACCUCAAUGCCAUCGUCGCCAGCUUAUGAAUCUGAUGACAGUACGAGCAGUUACAUGACUGGAGCUUCCAGUCUUGUGGGAGCUUCGUUCUUGGAAAAGCUCUUUCCACGUCUUCUUCCAUCAGAAAAGGUCAAAGCUGCUGAUUCUGAGGACGUUAAGGUUUCUACUCAUCCGUUGCAUGAAGAAGUGAAGCUUACUACAGAAUCUGACAACAUGAAUAUUGGUUUUCCUGUGAGGACGCCACAGACACUUGGGGAGCUAAUAAUGAUGAGCCGAAGGAGAAGCUAUAUGAGAAGAGCUGUUGAAAUGAGAAAGCAGAAGAAUCUUUACACGGAAUUUACAAAGAAUGGAGCUGAUAGCUGUUGCCUCUUUGUACCGGGCAUCAAAAUGAUAGAAGGACUUGAGUGGAAAAAAUACCAACCAAGGUUGAAGCUCAUUUAGAAGAAAACUCUUACAAAGGUGCUCACAAUUUGCAUCCCCAAACAUUUCAGAAGUUGUUUUCUUUUUUUUUUUUUUCAUAGACAAGAAACUUGUAAAUGCAGUAUAGUAAAUUUGAGGCGAUUGAAUGCCAGACUCUUUGUGAUGUAGAACACGCAACUCAUAUCAUUUAUCUCUUUCUUAUCU